AUGCCCGGCCUACCAGCUACCGUCGACCUCGACGAAUGUAUAGCUAGACUCUACAAGAAGGAGCUGCUCGCAGACUCGGUCAUCGAGGCAAUAUGCGCCAAAACCAAAGAACUCCUCAUGAAGGAGAGCAAUGUCGUCCACAUAGCCGCGCCCGUCACUGUCGUCGGCGACAUUCACGGCCAAUUCUACGACAUGCUGGAGAUAUUCAGGAUCGGUGGGUGGUGCCCCGACACAAACUACCUCUUCCUCGGCGACUACGUCGACCGCGGCCUUUUCAGCGUCGAAACCAUCUCCCUCCUGACCUGCCUCAAGCUGCGGUACCCCCACCGCGUGCAUCUCAUCCGCGGCAACCACGAAUCGCGCGGCGUGACGCAGUCCUACGGCUUCUAUACCGAGUGCUCGCGCAAGUACGGCAAUGCAAACGUGUGGCACUAUUUCACCGACAUGUUCGACUACCUCACUCUCUCCGUCGUGAUCAACGACCAGAUCUUCUGCGUGCACGGCGGGCUCUCCCCUAGCAUCCACAGCAUCGACCAGAUCAAGAUCAUUGACAGGUUCAGGGAGAUUCCGCACGAGGGCCCCAUGGCGGACUUGGUGUGGAGCGACCCGGAUGCGGAGAGGGAUGAGUUUUCGCUGUCGCCGAGGGGCGCCGGCUAUACAUUUGGCGCGCAGGUGGUUAAGAAGUUUUUGGAGGUCAAUGGCAUGAAUCAUAUUUUGAGGGCGCAUCAGCUGUGUCAGGAGGGGUAUCAGGUGCUGUAUGAUGACAGGCUGAGCACGGUGUGGAGCGCGCCGAACUAUUGCUACAGGUGUGGGAACAUGGCGAGUGUGCUUGAGGUGAGCGAUAGGGGAGAUAGGGUCUUCAACGUGUUUGAUGCGGCGCCGGAGAACGAUGUGCAUAGGGCGGAACAGCAGCAACAGCAGGGGAAAGAUGGCGUUCAGACGGAAUACUUCUUGUGA